CAUUGAUAUGGUCUUAUUCCAUUUCACAUAUAAAUUGCCUAAAAGGCGUAACGUGUUAGAAUAACACGAAUGUAAUUCUAGCGGCGAAAAAAAACCUCAUUUGAUCAUGUUCUUGCUUGUUGUACGUUUAACACUUUUACAAGUGAUACUUAACAGAGGUUACUCUGUUGAGGCAUGCUCUCACGACAAUGAGUGUCCCCACUGUACAGGUCACAACUUUCAAGCCAGAUGUAGAUACAAUUACUGUGAUUGCUAUCCAGUCGAUUGUGAUCCCAGUCCGUGUCCUUCUACGCUGAUCUGUGUAGCAGAACCAGACGACUACAGUUGCAGAGAGCACUGUACCGUAAAUUGCCCAGUGGGACAGACCUGCAUCAAAACCAAUCGAGGUCAGAUAUGUAUAGACCCCUGUGUACCAAAUCCUUGUUCAAGCGGAAAGACCUGUGUUCAUACAGACAAUGCCCCAUUCUACGUAUGUCAAGGUUACUCUGUUGAGGCAUGCUCUCACGACAGUGACUGUUCCCCAUGUAAAGAUCAAAACUUACGAGCCAAAUGUAGUUACGGUCACUGUGAUUGCAAUCCAGUCCACUGUGAUCCCAGUCCGUGUCUUUCUACGCUGAUCUGUGUUGCAGAACCACACGACUACCGUUGCAGGGGUACGUAAAAAUACUAAAAUAAACA